AUGACGUUAGCUCAUCUGACCAUCCCGGUGCUGCGACCGAAGCAGGUGCCCGAGGGUCAAAAACUCCAGACGGGAAAACGGCCACUCUCUGCUUUAAUCAUCGGAAUCGAUAAAUAUCAGUCAAACAGCAUUGUUGACUUGGACGGCGCCGUUAGCGACGCUCAAAAAAUCAACAGCUUUUUCAGCACUUAUCCAGGUCUACCUUUUUCGAAGCCCGACAUCACAUACUUGGAGGGCAAAGACGCUACUCGAAAGAAUAUUCUCGACGCCCUGACGGCUUUACAAUUUAAAUCCUCAAUCCAUCACGGAGAUCCAAUCGUCAUUUACUUUGCAGGUCAUGGAUCGUCUGGACCAGAAAACGAGCUAGAGCCUGCGAGGGGAGAUAGUAAGAAGGUCAUCGAAUUCAUUGUUCCUUAUGACUGUGACGAAUAUACGGCGGGUAUACCGGAUCGGACGAUCGGGAGACUCUUGAGUCUCCUAGCUCAUGAAAAGGGUGAUAAUAUCACCGUGAUUCUGGAUUGUUGUCACUCUGCCUCCGCGACGCGGUCCCUGAAUGGCCUACGCAGUCGUCAUACCGCACUCCCUACACGCGCUAUUCCAAGCAACCUCGACCUCGAACUAUUUCAUGAGUUGCCCAGAUCCGUCCACGCUCGGGAUGCGAUGGCCAUGCCUCAUUUGUUUGUGCAUGCGGGACUUCACUCUCACAUCUUGCUUGCUGCCUGCGGCAUACAUCAGCAAGACCGCAUCUGGCUAAACCUAACUAUUUCGUGGGACGAAGACGCAAACGAAGCGAAUGGUUCCGGAGUCUUUACGAGUGCUCUACUACAGACGCUCAAGCAGGUUAUUGGACAGAAUUUGAGUUACAGGCAGUUGAUGGCGAGGAUUCCUGACUUGAAAGGGCAAAACCCACAGUGCCAGGGAUUACGAACAAUGCUUGAUCGCAGAAUAUUCUCCACGGAGACGGCCCCGAUUGUGGAACUUGUGAGAGCCCUUGGAGGCGAGUCCACCGUAAUCGUUCGGAGUUCAUCCGACAAGCAUGGCUUCGAGGCUAGUCCUUCCGUUCGCGCAGAUACGGCCCGGGGACAGCUGUUGACCACCAAUGACGCACCUGCACUACGCAUCCAUAUCGACUUGGAGAAAGGCCUCGAAAGCAUCGUCGAACCGCUCAGAAGGAAAUUUGAAACAGACGGGUUCUGCAUCAAUGCUCUUAGUUUCAUGAAGCCGAAGCCUGGAGAUGCACGACUCAAAGUAUCGAUGGACAAAAAUGUCGCCGUCUUCGAUGAUUUGACCAUCCUCCCAACAAUCACCGCCUCUCUGACUUCUUCUCCCGGAAUGGAAGAAUUCAAACGCCUACCUUUCACCACACAGCCGGAUUUUGAUCAUCUCUCUCCUAUCCUGUUCGCCGCCAUCCAUUGGUACUACCAUCUCCUACGAAAGCCAGCACAACAUGCAUUGACCGGGACCGGCGAAAUCACCGUCGAAUUCACAGAGCUCGAGCAGGUGUUCGAUGCCAGAGGUAGGCCAAAAGACCUCAAGCCAUUUCCAUACGAUCUCAUCUCGACAACCUCCGGAGGCCAAGGCGUAGUCGACAUUUUGAUAGACUCGGAGAAGUUAUACGGACAGAAAAUCAAGAAUGCAUCUGAUCUCGACAUACAUCCACAUCUCUUCUACUUCAGCAAUAGUGAUUUCAGCAUCACCUCAGCUUAUCUUCCGUCCAUCCCUACCGCAAAUGGAACGCCUGACCCGCUCCUUUCCCAGAAUUCUUUGCCUAUUGGUUACGGCACGGGGGGUGCUUCUCCAUACACCUAUGACCUGCUCGAGGGACAAAAUAUUGACCGAGGCUUUUAUAAAUUGUUCAUAACAACGAAGUACGUCGACCUCUCGUGUAUCACACAAAAUUCGGCUUUCGAAAGGAGAGCUGGGCGGGCGCACCAGGGGGUCCCGAACUGGAAAGAGAGGUUUCAGAAGUUGGUGUGGGACGAGAUUACUCUUACGAUUGUGCAGCGUCGAUCUUGA